GUGAAGAAUGUGACGAAUCGUGAUGGUGUGUAUAGCUGCAAAGCAACUGGUGCAAAUGGUGUGGAAGUUUGGAAAGAAGCUGAGUUGAAUAUAGCUAAGGCUGCCCUGCCACUCACACCUCGUUUCGUACUACAGUGUUGCGUCGAAGCGAAGAUAUCCGAGAAAUGCUUGGGGGCCUGUUCUGUCAUUCCAGAAGUUGAUGGCGAUUGCUCUGCUUUUGCAGAGGAUCUUCUGCGGUGUGCGGAUGAUGGCCGCGAUCACCGGGAAUGUUGCAUUCGUUCGCGUGUUCCAACCGAUUGUCUGAGCAUGUGUAGUGGUGGAAAAGUUACCAAUAGUGCUCUGUGCUCGGUAUUCGCACCGCGAGCAGUGGCAUGCAUGAUGAGAGGUCAUGAACGAGCUCCGUCACCGCCUGUACAGCUCCGCUACGAGUACAUCUCACCCGAAUCUGUUAAGGUUUCCUUUGCCUUCGUCGUGAAUCACAAACAUUUCUUAGCGCUCUUACGCGCUUUGAGUCUCUGUAGCGAUAACAAAUGGAGCGCAAAGGAUGAAUGA